UCCCGGAGCGGAUGGAGAGCCUGGAGAGAGGGGCUACUCUGCUUUGGGGUUCCCGCGCGGUUUCAUCGCUGCCGCCGUCUGUGUCGGGGUCGGGAUGGGACUGGAGUCCUAAUCCGAGAGAAACCAAUUUGCUUCUCCAGGUUCCUCCUCACUCCGGCCGGAAGCUUUUGGCUCACGUUGAUGCUCACUAGGAGGAUGGAGGCACGACCGGCCUUUAAGGAGCUGGGCUCAGAAUAUUGAGAGAAAGGCAAAUAAUGUUUUUUUCUAACUAUAGUAAUUUAGAGGCAAAUCGCUUGAUCCCAAAUCUCAUUAUGCCAAGGAAUCACACGUGGAAUUUGUUAAAUACAGUUUCCUGAACUCCAGCGUGAGGAAAUUGGUUCAGCUGCUUUGGGUAGGGCGUGGAAAUCUGUACUUUUUAAAAAACACGUAAUAGUCUUAGUGUUGGCGGUUCCUAGACCUUGAUAAACGCUAAUCCAAUUGUAACCUUCUUACCUGGGAAAGCCCCUACCCUUGCAAAAUGAUUUAAAAAAAAAAUCCCAUCAUUUAAGAGUUAAUAGGGAAAAACUAUCCUAAGUGUGCGUGCUUUUAAAGGAAACAGAAUUCAUAACCUGUCACUUGUGAAAUAUUAGCAAAGGUGGUUGACUAACCACUAAGGGAACAAGAUCGAGUCUGGGAAUUAGAGGUUUAAUUUUGACAGGUUGACAGUUGAUUGGUGCUUAAUCAGUACUAGACUCUUCCAGGAGCUGAGAAUAGAAGCAUGACAAUGUCCUCAUAGUCCCCCUCCUCAUGGAAGUGGUAGAUGGAGAGUAGGGGAUUGAGGGGGAGUGCAGCCUGGGAGAAAGAAGGCCAAUAUGAGUGCUUGGACCAAACUGCGAUUCAGGGGAGACUUUCUGGAUUAGGCGUUGUGUUAGUUCCCCAUUACCAUUCUAACAAUUAACCACAAACUCGGUGGCUCAAAAUAAAUUUAAUCAACUAGUAUAAAGUUUCAGUUAUGCACGAUGAGUUUAUUCUAGAGAUCUGUGGUACGAUAUUGUGCCUACAGUUGACAAUACUGUGUUGUACACUUAAAAUCUGUUAAGAGGUGGGUCUCCUGUUAAAUGUUCUUAACACAGAACACAUUUAUUAUCUUAUAGUUUUAGUCAAGCAUGAUGUAGGUCUCCCUGGACUAAGGAAGUGUGGACAGGGCUGCAUUCCUUUCUUCAAGGCUCUGCAGAGAAUAUGUUUUCUUGCCUUUUUCAGUUUGUAGAGGCUGCUGAUAUUCCUUGGCCUCUAGCCCUUUUCCAUUUUCAAAGGCAGUAAGAGUUUUUCACAUCACAUUGCUCUGACUCUCUUCUGUCCCCCUCUUCUACUUUUAAGGUCUUGUUGAAUUAAUUCAACGAGAAAACCAUUAGAUGGAGGUGGCUCUAAUGCUUUAGUGGCCUAGUAAGCAAACCAACGUUUAGGCGCGUAAAUGCCUCCAGGUUAUGAAGCGCUAAGGACAAUGAUCACAGCCAACUAGUCUUUAAGCCAAUCAAAUAAUUUCUUUUCUUUGCUUUAUUUAUGAAGUGUGGCAUAGAGGUGGAAUGCUACUAACCACUUCUGGUUUGCUACUGCCCUUUUUGAAUCAAUUUUUGCUCAAAUAAACUUAACAUUUGUAAUAUGUCUGAGUUUAUCUUUUAACAGCCCCUUGGCCUCACCCAGACAAUUUUCUUAUCUCAAGGUCAGCUGAUUAGCAACCUUAAUUGUCCUUUGCCUUGUAACCUAGCAGAUUCACAGGUAUGGGGAUUAGGACAUAGUCAUCUUUAGGGAGGAUCAUUAUUCUGCCUAGCACAGUAUUGUGAGAAGUGAGAUCAGUGUAGACAUGUUGAACCCAAGUUUGUGUGCCUGGUGCACAGUGAGGCCACAUAAACCGAAACAUUGGCAUUUGGAGCAGAGAAAGGUUUAUUGUAAGGGCCAACCUAGGAGAAUGGGGCGGUUCAUGCUCAAAAGACAGGAACUCUCUGAUAUUUAAAGGCAAAAUUUGAGGUGAGGGCUGUAGGGUGUGUCUUUCUUCUGAUUGGUUGGUGGUGAGGUAACAGUGGUGUUCCAGGGAUUACGUGCUCAGCCUAAAGCUUCCUUAGGCUUAGCCUAAAGCUUCCUUAGUUCCUUUAGAAGAACUCAAAAGUACAUAUCAGAUUGUAAUGUGUCUCUAUUGAGGAGGAACCAAGGAACCAGGACCCUGCAUUAUUGCCACACUUAACUGCUUUUUCUUUGUUUCUGCCUUCCUCCACUUCCCUAAUUAGUGACUUUGUCCUUUGGAGCUCAGGGAAGGUCUAGGAGGCUGAAGCGUUUCCUACAAACAAGAAAAGGGGGACGCGGAAAUACUUGUACCCAGGAGGGCCCCACAGUGUCCUGCUGGGUUUCAGAAAGGGUAGGACAGGUAGCAACCAUCAAGGAGCCAAACUGUGUGGCAGGCACUGUGUGAGAGUCUCUUUUGCCCCAGACAUUCCCCAAAUUUGUAAACAUCAGAGUGAAAUAUUUUGCCUCCUCUCCCUUUUUGGUGUGCUUAAAAUCACACCAUUCUGGCCCUGGUCAAGUAGGCCCGUGGCUCUGCAGAGGCCUAUGAAACCAGUUUAGAACCUCCAAGUUUCUAUUCAAAUGCCAAGUUUAGCUCAGCAGUAGAUUGACUUCUGAAACAGAUGAUCAAUGCUGUUUCCUAGGUAUUGGCCCUAUGGCAUUUCGCCUUUUGGCAGAGAGUGAUGAAGACUACGUAAAUCCUGCAUCUCUGAUACAGUUCAAGUCUCAAUCACUGGGACUUGCAGUAGACCUGCCUUUUUUUCCCCUAUGAUAGAUGAAACAAAAUUACUGCUGAAUUUUCUCUUAAAAACAUCAUCUAACUUAAAUUCCUAGAUGCAAAUAAAAUUUUUACUCCUGUUGUAUUGGAUUUGAUUUGAGGGAUCUAUUUUCAAAUCUGCAUCUCCUGGUCACCCUCCCCCAUCUCACUUUCAUUUGCAUUCUAAGCCUGUGCAGUGCAGAUUUCCUGUUACCAAGGAGCUGAAUUUAAACUUCCUUCCCUAAAUUUAAUCUUGCUGUGAAAUAUCCAGUUCAGAUAAAGACUUCUUCCCAUCAGCUGUGAGAUCUCCUUGAGCAGGUUAUGGGAAAGGAGAGUAUUUAGAGGGGAGCAGCGGAGGGGAGACGGGGUUUGAGAAGCUGGUUAUUAGAAUACCUUACCAACCAAGCUGAAUACAAAAAAAAUUGGCAAGCUUACUAACAUUGCAAAUCAAAAUGUUAGUAUUAGAUAGGAUGCAUCUUUUGAAACCCGUAUCUUUGUGACGUAUUAAAACUCUUAACCUGAAGUUAAUUUUUAAUGUCAUAUUAGGAUUUUCUUAUUCUUUUUCAAACUUAGGGACACCAGAAUUUAAUGAAUCAUCACCCUUGGUUCCUAAUACAUGCUCAGCAUUGGUCCUUGCAUGGCCUUCUGUCAUUUACAUGUUUAACUGUUCACUUUUUAUAAUACAAUAAGCACCUAUAAACUUAUCCCCAGAUGAUAUCCUAUGUCUUACUCCACGAUCUUCCUGUCCUCCAAUCCCAUCCCAUCCCCAGCAUCCCCCAACCAAGAAUUUUUAAAACAUGAGAAUAUAGAACCACCUCAAUCUAUGGGAGUAAACAAGGAAGAUUUUUUUUUUCCUGGAGAGAAACAGCCUGAAACUCCUGAGAUCACCAAGUCCUUCAAAGAGAAAACUCUUGAGUCUUUCACGGACAAGAAAGUUAGUUAUCAGGAAACUGCUUGGUCCUCAAAGGAAGACAAGAAGGAAUGCAAUACACCAAAGUUCACAUCGCCACAAUCAGUUGAGAAUGUUGAAUAUGAAUUUCCAAAAACUAUUGAGUAUUUACAGUAUGGACAGAGAUACUAGCAGCCAGAUGAUUCUUUAUACUUAGGAAAAGAGGACUAUCUGGAAUCUGUUGGAUACUCUGAAGAUGCAGAAACCACCGUGGAAGAGGAGGAUUCUGAUGACCCAGAGUGCAUUAUCUAUGAUGGCAAAGAGGACUCUGUGUAUUCAGAAACCACGGAGUUCUCUGAUGAAGAACAGAAUGAUGAGGAUUCAGAAGCUGGCGUGUCAUUGGAGGAGGAAGAGGAGAAAAGACUGGAAGAAAGAAAAAAAGUGUUUAAAGAUGUCCUGUCCUGUUUGAACCUGGUUAGGAGCAGAAAGCUUCUGCCAGAUUUCAUUAAGCAAUUCUCCUUAGACUGAGGAUGUGGGUGGAUGCCUGAAACUCCAGGUGACUUAGCCUGGAAUUUCCUGAUGAAAGUUCAAGCACUGGAUGUGACAGCCUGAGAUUCAAUCCUCAGGCAGAAGGUUCUGGGUGAGAAUGGCAAAGGGGAAUUGCUGACUGGAUCAGAGGAUUUGGAAAUUAGAGAAACGGAAACCAUUAAUCCCCUUGAUGUCCUCUGUGCCUCUCUGCUGUGUUCAGACAGCUCUUUGCAGUGCGAGAUCAUGUCAAACAUGUAUCAAUGCUAGUUUGCUCUUCCCCUGCUACUGCCAGAUGCAGAAAACAACAAAACCAUUUUGAUGCUGAGUGCCAUGAAGGACAUUGUGAAGGAGCAGUCAACAAGGGAUACAGAAAAGUUUCUGGCUCUCAUGAAGAUGCCUGUCAUCUCUUUUGUGCGUCUAGGAUACUGUAGCUUCUCCAAGUCCAAAAUCCUCAACACACUGCUCAGCCCUGCCCACUUGAAAUCACACAAAAUCUUUCUCCAUCAGGAUUUGCCUGUUCUGGUGCUUCCCCGGCAGAUCUCUGAUGGCCUGGUUGAGAUAACCUGGUGUUUUCCUGAUAGCGACAGUCUGAGGGAAAACCCCAGUUUCUUCCAGAAGCCUGUUGCUGCGGCCAACCUUCGUGGAGAUCUAGAAAGCUUUUGGACACAGUUUGGUUUCUUGAUGGAAGUUUCCUCAGCUGUGUUUUUUUUCACUGACUGCCUAGGUAAGAAGGAAUGGGACUUGCUAAUGUUUUUAGGAGAAGCUGCGAUUGAAAGAUGAUAUUUUGUCUUCAGUCCACGUCGGGAGAGUGAAGAGGCUCAGAUUUUCCACAGGAUCCUGAAGUUGAAGCCGUCACAGCUACUGUUUUGGGAGGAGGAGGAAGCUGGGGAGAGAGGGAAGAACAUGGAGGGCCUUCAAGCUGCCCUCCAGGAAGUGAUGUCCUGUUUAUUCAGAUAUGUGUAUGUGGAGGAUAUGGCCUUCCUGGCCAGGGAGUUGGGAAUGCAGGUAGACCAAGACUUUGAGAACAUUCGGGAUUCAAGUUUCCCCUGGUGAAAACUUGGCUGGAACAGCUGAAGAUGAGGGACAACAAAGACACAGUCAGCCAAAAACUCAUCUGAAAGCCCCAAUGAGAUGUCUGUAAGAGAGCCUGGGGCUAUAUGUGAGAUCAGCCAGAAUAUUCAGAAUUUCCAUCUUACCUCAGUAUUCAUGCCUUAUCUGAAAAACUCCCACCCUUUACCAACCAGAAUUAGAGGUUACUUUAACCAUGCUUCUUUGAAAGCCCCCUGGAUUAUGGGCUCCCACUUUUGAUCAGAGCAGAGACCUAAGUGGUUCCAUCCUUUGCCCUUUCAGAAUACAGGGGCCCACAGUCCAAGGAAAAGUUUGGGGAUUCAAUACUUCCAACCGCAGAGAUUUUAUUCUGGUGAAAGAUUUAUGAAAUUUUCGAGAACUGCACAGGGACAUCAUGUGGAUAGGACUUUUGGGAGACACCAAGACCCAUUUCUCAACGUGUACAGGCCUGGCCCAAGAGACCACAGACAAUGGGAGCCCUUGAAAGGUCUGGGGCAUUGGUCUCCCAGGUAGGUCACCUCCAUUCUCUGGGUUUGCAGCCAGCAGGAGCAGUUGGAAAGUCACAGCCUAGGCAAGCCUGUGCAUGGGGAACACAGCCAACUGAGGCAACUGGAAAGUUUAUGAGAACAACAUCCCAUAUUAAAAAUCCUCACCCUCAAGCCUUUCGACCAUGAGGAGCCAAACAAAAACCCAUAACUGCCUCUCAGCAAGGAGCCAAGCUGAAGACACAAGGUGGACCUUCAAGUCCAUCUUUCCAAAUGGGAUUCCAUCCCAUGUCCAAAAGCACAUUUUUGCCCAGCUCUCAGUUCAAAUCCAAUCAACCCAGGUUAUCCCAGGUCAAGCACUCCCAGCAAAACCACUCCCAGUCUGUGUUCUCUCAACCCAAACCCACUCAGACAAGACCCCCUCAGCCCCAGCCAACCCAAACUGAAUGUUCUCCAUCCACUCAGUCCAAGCCAUCCAAGUCCCAGUCCUCCCCAGGUGAGACUUCUCAGCCCAGACCCACUCAAUGCAAGUCAUCUAAGACCAGUCCUUCACCGGCUCAGGCUUAUUACCCAAGAGCAGGGCCCAAGAGGGUAGGGAAGCAUUAAAGUGCUUACUCUAGAGACCUAUGAAGUGUAUCCGUUGCCCAGUCCUUGCCUGUCAUAUAUAUAGUCACUUGAAGAAGAGUGGCAGCGAUGGUAAGAGAGUACUAUCAUUAGCUUGACACAGAAAACAAGAUCUGCACAGCCUGAUUGGAUAUCACGAAAGUAUCUGUAAGAAUUGUGUCCCUACAAAAGAGGAAAACUAUGAAAAGAAUAAAGAAUACAAUCAAGCAGUAAAUAAAUGAAUUGAAUCCGACCUUGAAUAUUAGGUAAUAUAUAACCUGAACCCUGGUAAUGGGGGCUGUAAGACAGUAUCACUUGGAAAGAGUGGGGAUGAAGCCUCUAAUUGCAAAGUGAACAUAAAGUAGGGUGCACAUAACGUCAGUGUUGCAGGAAAACUUGCCCUAGAUGUUGGCUGCUCUAGAGGUGUCUUGGUUAAAAAUUUUUUAGUUCUAUAUCAGCUGCUAAGCAGAUAAACUUGUUUGUGAUAAUAGCACCAAAUCACACUCAUUUGACCUUUAUGUAUAGAAAUAAUGAACUAACAAACAAUAAAAUUAAUUAUUUUGCAGUAACUUGAGAAAUGAUCUGUGUAUGUUUCAUAUUUUAAAUAUUUGUAGUAG